AUGGGUCCCGAUACCUCGACGGCGGCGGCACGCAUUGCGCCGGCCGCUGCGCCGGCCCCAGCGCCGGCCGCUGCGCCGGCCCCAGCGCCGCGAGGCCGCACCAAGCCCUUCAUACCUCGAGCUGAAGCGGCGACAGAUGACGCCUCUGUGCCUGCGGCCGAGCGCCUAGUACCUAUGUUCAACGACCGCUUUCUCUUUGACGACGAACUGGAAGCCAACGAAGACUCUACGUUUGUGCGCAAGUACAACCUGUCGGCCGCUGGAGACGAUUUUCCCAUGUUCCUCAAGUCGUCGGAUGCUGGCACGCCUGCAGUGUCUGCGGCACGUGGGUCGUUUCCGGAGCUGUUCAACGAUGCACCGGCUGGCCUAGCGGCGUCACUGGCCUCGAUGCCGGCGCCGCCGCUCUCGUCGACGUUGCCGGUCGGUUCCCGGCCUGCCUCGUUUCACGGUGCGAACGGCCUCGUCCCGCCGCUUAUGAAUCCGGCGCUCAACUCGACAGGCACCAGUGCCUCUCCCAGUCCGCGUCUUGGUUCUCUGAGCGAUGCGUCUGCGACAAGCACGCCGCCCGACUCGGGUGAAACGCCUCGCUUUGCGCGUUUGGGACGAAAGGAAGAUCGGCGCAAGAACAGCCGUCUGUUUGCCGAUGAUGCCGACGUGUCCAUGGCCCGUGGACUGCGUCGUUCCGAUGUGGACUUGUCGGUGAUGCCGCUGGAGGACCUGCAGGGGGAGAUCUCGCAUCUGUGUCGUGACCAGUACGGGUGCCGCUUUCUCCAGAAGAAGCUGGAUGAAGGCAUCCCCUCGCAGUGCGAUUUGAUCUUUACCGAGACGUUCCCCCUCUUUGCCGACCUCAUGACCGAUCCGUUUGGCAACUAUCUGUGCCAGAAGCUACUGGAGCACUGCACGAAUGCGCAGCGUGACCAAAUUGUCGAGGCGAUUGCCGACGAUCUCGUGACCAUUUCGCUCAACAUGCACGGCACUCGCGCGGUCCAAAAAACGAUUGACUUUAUCUCGACGCCGGCUCAGACUCAGGCGAUCAUCUGUGCGUUUUCCCGCAAUGUGGUGACGCUCAUCAAGGAUCUGAAUGGAAACCACGUGAUCCAAAAAUGCCUGAACCGCCUGAGUGCCGCCAACAACCAGUUUAUUUACGAUGCGGUGGCGGCCAAGUGCGUGGAUGUGUCGACACAUCGCCACGGAUGCUGCGUGCUCCAGCGCUGCAUUGAUCAUGCGUCGGAUGAGCAGCGCCUGCAGCUUGUUCAGCAGAUUACGAUGUACUCGCUGACGCUUGUGCAGGACCCUUUCGGCAACUAUGUCGUGCAAUAUGUGCUGGACCUCAACGACUCGGCGUAUACCGAGUCGGUGACACAUCAGUUCCUUGGGCACGUCUGUGAGCUGUCAACACAAAAGUUCAGCUCGAACGUCAUGGAAAAGUGUAUUCGCGUAGCCGAGCCGUCGCUGCGGAAGCAGCUCGUCUCGGAACUAAUCGAGUCGGCCGGCCUGGAGGCCCUGCUGCGCGACUCGUUCGCCAACUAUGUCGUGCAGACUUGCCUGGACUAUGCAGAGCCUGCGCAGCGUGCCCAGCUUGUGGAGUGUAUCCGACCGAUUCUGCCGUCGAUCCGCAAUACUCCGUACGGCAAGCGCAUCCAAUCCAAGCUGCAGCGUGACGACAGUCAGGGGCCCAAUGGCGGGUCGGACAUGGGGCCGCGCUAUCGCCGCCAUGACGCGCGUCCGCAUCAGCCAGGUGCAUCGCAGGGACCUCGCCAAGGCGCCAGUACUGGUGCCAACGGCCGACCUGCCGCGCUGGCGCCCGGCACGCGCCCGGCACGGGCCCAGCGCAAGAGCGACCAGUACCCCCGCAGCUCUGCCGAUGCCACAGCUUCUGCAACAAUGCCAGCUUCAACCGGGGCGCCCUACCAUGUGGCACCGGACGCUGCCGCGCAGCUGUACGCUCCGUUGCAGCGUAUGCAGUUGAAUGCGGACAUGGCACCCGUGGCGCCCUUCGCCUUUACGUCGGGCGACCUGGUCAUGCCGAUGCGGAGCGCACAACAACCGUGGUAA